AAACAUCGAACGUUGCGGUCGGUGAGCGCAUGUAGCGCAGUUAUUAUGAGAAUUUAAUAUGAAAUUUUAGUUAAAUAAACAAGACAGUCUAUUGAAAUACGUCAAGUGUAAAUUCGGGUGUGAGGACAAUUUCGCCUUCUUUGCAGCUGUUUUAGCUGCACAGCAGCGCACUGUAUCGAACAACAAAAUUUAUUAACGGAAAUUCGCGCGUUUUUUUAUUAGUGAGCGUGUCAAAAAUUCAAGUAUUCUUUGUACACAUUGUUUGGAUUUGUUGUGCUUGUUAAAUUUGCCAAAAAACGAAAAACCCAUAAAGUACACAGCAUAAACACCGGCAAAGCGGCUCCACGACGGCGCAACAACAACGGCAAAGGCGACAACAACAACAACAACAACAGCGACAACGACAAUAGCGGAAGCAGCAGCAACAGUGCGCAAAAUGUUGGAGGAUACCCAGCUUGUAUGGGUAAGAGAUCCGGCGGAUGGAUAUAUACAGGGUCGGAUUACGGAAAUUGGCAGCAAAGAGUUUGAAGUUACGCCCAUAGAUCGUAAAUUCCCGAAACGCACUUGUCACUACGAUGAUAUACACUCCUCAUGUGAUGGACCACAGGAUCACGAUGAUAACUGUGAACUUAUGCUACUCAACGAGGCCACAUUUCUGGACAAUUUGAAAACGCGUUACUACAAAGACAAGAUCUAUACAUAUGUGGCAAACAUACUCAUUGCUGUGAAUCCGUAUCGUGAGAUCAAGGAGCUCUAUGCGCCGGAUACCAUCAAGAAGUACAAUGGACGCUCGUUGGGUGAAUUGCCGCCGCAUGUGUUUGCCAUUGCGGAUAAGGCCAUUCGAGACAUGCGCGUCUACAAGUUGUCGCAGUCGAUCAUUGUGUCGGGAGAGUCGGGUGCUGGCAAAACGGAGUCCACCAAAUAUUUGCUCAAGUAUCUGUGUUACUCACACGACAGCGCCGGUCCCAUAGAGACGAAAAUAUUGGAUGCCAAUCCCGUGCUGGAGGCCUUUGGCAAUGCGAAGACCACACGCAACAAUAACUCUUCACGCUUCGGCAAGUUCAUUGAGGUGCACUACGAUGGCAAGUGUCAAGUGGUGGGAGGCUACAUCUCUCACUAUCUGCUCGAGAAGAGUCGCAUUUGCACCCAAAGCGCCGAGGAGCGUAACUAUCAUGUGUUCUACAUGCUGCUAGCUGGCGCUCCGCAGCAGCUGCGUGACAAGCUGAGCUUGGGGAAGCCGGAUGAUUAUCGCUAUCUCUCUGGCUGCACGCAAUACUUUGCCAAUGCCAAGACCGAGCAGCUUAUACCCGGCACUCAGAAGUCCAACAGUCAUCAGAAGAAGGGUCCGCUCAAGGAUCCCAUUAUCGAUGACUAUCAACACUUUCAAAAUCUGGACAAGGCGCUGGGUCGCUUAGGACUCUCUGAGACCGAUAAAAUGGGCAUCUAUACGCUGGUGGCAGCUGUGCUGCAUUUGGGUAACAUCACCUUCGAGGAGAUACCAGACGAUGUGCGUGGCGGUUGUCAGGUGUCCGAGGCAUCAGAGCAAUCGAUGACCAUCACCAGCGGAUUGCUGGGCGUGGAUGAGACCGAGCUGCGCACCGCUUUGGUGUCACGCGUCAUGCAGAGCAAAGGCGGUGGCUUCAAGGGCACGGUUAUCAUGGUUCCUCUAAAGAUCUACGAGGCGAACAAUGCACGCGAUGCCUUGGCCAAGGCCAUCUAUAGUCGCCUCUUCGAUCGCAUUGUGGCUCUGAUCAAUCAGAGCAUUCCCUUCCAGGCAUCAAACUUUUACAUUGGUGUGCUCGAUAUUGCGGGCUUUGAGUACUUUACGGUCAACUCAUUUGAGCAGUUCUGCAUCAAUUACUGCAACGAAAAGCUGCAGAAAUUCUUCAACGACAACAUCUUGAAGAACGAACAGGAGCUGUAUAAACGCGAGGGUCUCAAUGUGCCCGAGAUUACGUUCACGGACAAUCAGGAUAUUAUUGAACUGAUCGAGGCCAAGGCAAAUGGCAUCUUUACGCUGCUGGACGAGGAGUCCAAGUUGCCUAAGCCAUCGCCUUCGCAUUUUACCGCCGAGGUGCACAAGUCGUGGGCCAAUCAUUAUCGUCUCGGUUUGCCGCGUUCUUCUCGCCUCAAAGCGCAUCGCACGCUGCGCGAUGAGGAAGGUUUCCUGGUGCGUCAUUUCGCUGGCGCCGUUUGCUACAACACCGAGCAGUUCAUCGAAAAGAACAACGAUGCGUUGCACGCCUCACUCGAGGGUCUAGUGCAGGAGUGCGAGAAUCCAUUGCUCAAACAGCUCUUCCCAUCGGGCAGCAAUACUUCGGUGCGUGGCAAGCUCAAUUUCAUCUCUGUUGGCUCCAAGUUCAAGACACAGCUGGGCGAACUCAUGGAGAAACUCGAGCAGAAUGGCACCAAUUUCAUACGUUGCAUCAAGCCCAACAGCAAGAUGGUUGAUCGCCAGUUCGAAGGCAGCUUGGCGCUGGCGCAGCUCAAGUGCUCAGGCACCAUAUCGGUGCUGGAGCUGAUGGAGCAUGGUUUCCCGUCGCGUGUUCUCUUUGCCGAUCUCUACAGCAUGUACAAGUCGGUGCUGCCGCCAGAAUUGGUCUCACUGCCAGCCCGCACCUUUUGCGAGGCCAUGUUCCAGUCGCUUAAUCUGAGCGCCAAGGACUUUAAGUUCGGCAUCACCAAGGUCUUCUUCCGGCCGGGCAAAUUCGUGGAGUUUGAUCGCAUUAUGCGUUCCGAUCCCGAGAAUAUGCUGGCCAUUGUGGCCAAGGUGAAGAAGUGGCUGAUACGUUCACGCUGGGUCAAGUCUGCGCUCGGUGCACUUUGCGUCAUUAAAUUGCGCAAUCGCAUUAUUUUCCGCAACAAGUGUGUGCUGACAGCUCAGCGCAUUGCUCGUGGCUUUUUGGCACGCAAACAGCAUCGUCCUCGGUAUCAGGGCAUUGCGAAGAUCAACAAGAUACGCACCAACACGCUGAAGACCAUCGAGAUUGCCAACGGCUUGAAGUUGGGUCGUGAUGAGAUUGUCGGCGGUGUCAAUGAUAUCUACAGGCAAAUUGAUGAUGCCAUCAAUAAGAUCAAGCAAAAUCCUCGCAUUACACAGCGUGAAAUUGAUUCAAUGUACACGGUGGUCAUGGCCAACAUGAAUAAGCUGACUGUCGAUCUGAAUACCAAGCUGAAGGAGCAACAGCAGGCCGAGGAGCAGGAACGUUUGCGCAAGAUUCAAGAGGCCCUGGAGGCAGAACGUCGUGCCAAGGAGGCCGAAGAGCAACGUCUACGCGAAGAAGCUGAAAACAAGCGACUCAAAGUGGAAAUGGAAACCAGACGCAAGUUGGCCGAGGCACAACGUCUGAAACAGGAGGAAGAGGAUCGUCGCGCUGCCUUAUCGCUGCAGGCACAGCUGGAGAAAGAAGCCAAGGACGAUGCCAAGUAUCGUCAACAGCUCGAACAGGAGCGUCGCGAUCACGAACUCGCUCUGCGUUUGGCCAGCGAAUCCAAUGGCCAGGUGGAAGAUAGUCCACCUGUUAUACGCAAUGGUGGUCUCAAUGACGCGUCUCCCAUGGGUUCCAACAAACUGAUCAGUUUUUCACAAGUUGUGUCAAACAUUGCUUCGCGAUAUUUAAAUAAAUCGGAGAAUGUGCGUGCACAGCAGCAAGCAUUGGGCAAACAAAAGUUCGACUUGUCCAAAUGGAAGUAUUCGGAACUGCGCGAUGCUAUCAACACGUCCUGUGAUAUUGAACUACUUGAGGCCUGUCGCCAAGAGUUCCAUCGCCGCUUGAAGGUGUAUCAUGCCUGGAAGGCAAAGAACCGCAAGCGUACCACCAUGGAUGAGAAUGAGCGUGCUCCACGCAGCGUUAUGGAAGCUGCUUUUAAGCAGCCGCCAAUUGUGCAGCCCAUACAGGAAAUUGUGGCGGCUCAGCAUCGCUACUUCCGCAUACCCUUUAUGCGAGCCAAUGCGCCUGAUAACACUAAGCGUGGCUUGUGGUAUGCCCACUUCGAUGGCCAGUGGAUUGCCCGGCAAAUGGAGCUGCAUGCUGAUAAGCCGCCAAUUUUGCUGGUUGCCGGCACCGAUGAUAUGCAGAUGUGUGAACUGAGCUUGGAGGAGACGGGCUUGACGCGUAAGCGCGGUGCCGAAAUACUUGACCAUGAAUUCAAUCGCGAAUGGGAACGUAAUGGGGGGCAAACCCUAUAAGAGCCUGGGUGCUAAGCCCAAUGGAGCGGGCAUAUAAACACAACUUAUUCAAGCCAACAAUGUGUGAACCGUAACGAAACGUUAGGAACAAAUGCAAAGAAAAUCAAAUCUGCCGUUUGUCGAUCGAUUAUGAUCGAGUAGACAACAAAAAUUCGCAGUCUUAAAAUUUUAUAAUAUUUUUGCAAACACUUUUUGAUAAAGACCACGUCCAAAAUCUUAUGGUUCUAAAAAUGAA